CGAAGAAGAAGAAGCAGCGGCAGCAGCAGCAGCAGCAUCAUCUUCAUCCUGUUGUGAUCGUGUUGUGGAUUGUCUGUCUUAAAUAUGCAGACUGGCAUCGGUCGUCUUUGUGGCCAUCGAGGUGUGUGACGGCCGCCCUUUGUACCAACCUGAACCGGAAGUGCGAGCUGACAUGUUGAGCGCGGAGUCGCUGCAGGUCGCCGAGGAGGAGGUGGUGGUCGAGUCCAGCUCCAACAAACUCGGUGACAUUUACACGUUCGUGGCCAAAGGCUGCUUCCCCCAGACGAUGAACCCUCUGCGGAGGAAGAACCUCAAGAGAUACGCACAGAAAUUCAUCAUUGACGUUCACACGUUCCCCUUCGUCCGUGUCUUCAUCCAAGAGGGCAAGCUGUACUACGUGGGGCCAAAGAAGGAGGAGAAGAGGGAGGUGGUGAUCGAGGCCGAGCGGAAGAGGCAGAUUUUCCUGGACUGCCACUUCAAUGACAUCGGCCAUCACCUGGGCCAAAAGAAGACGGUGCACAGGAUCCAGAGCAAGUACUACUGGCUGGGGAUCAUCAGGGACGUGGUGGAUUGGAUCAAAGUGUGUGAGACCUGUCAGCACACGGAGAGGAACAAGAACCUGGCGCGGACCGUUCGGCCUAUAAAAGUGGACGCGCCGUGGGAAAUUGUUGGGAUUGACAUCAUAGGACCCUUCCCUGAGACGCAGCAGGGCAACACUAAUGUCACCGUCCUCAUCGACUACUUCAGUAAGUGGCCAGAGGCGUUACCGGUGCAGAAGACGGACGCCUUCUCUGUUGCACGAUGCAUCUCCAAAUGUAUAUACAGGUUUGGUGCCCCUAAAACAAUAGUGUGCACGCAGAAUGCCGACUUCUGUGACGAGGUGACGAAGAUGCUGUGCGACAGGUGGAGCAUCGUGCAGAAGGUUUCUUCUCUGGAUCAGCCUCAGCUCAACCCGCUCCACGACUGCACAGGCGCCUUACUGAAGGAAGCCGUCGUGCAGAUGGUAACGGAGAAGCAAGCCGAGUGGGAUGACUUCCUGGACCCGGUGCUGUUUCCGUUCCGCACGUCCACCAACCCCACAACAAAGUUCACCCCGUACUCGCUCAUGUUCAACAGGAAAGCUAAUUUACCGAAUGAGACCACACUGAGCCUGCUGAAUUAUGAUGAACUAGAGCAGGAUGUGUAUUCCACAAAGGAGACGGCCUCUACGUGUAUGACAGUAAUGCAGGAGCAGCAAAACUCUGUCAAGCAGCUGGUGAUAGCCAAUAUGAACGCAGCUUACAAACAAGAGAAGAAGAAGAAGGCCAAGCGCAGGUCACCCAGCAUUCCCUCCAUGACCUAUAAAAUCGCAGAUCCUCUGUUCAGUGCAGGGGACUCACCCUCACCCAAAAAACUGAAGGAGAGUUUAUAUUUGUCUUUCCCCGUGGAGACGGUGCUGGCCACCGAGCAAGGCAGCUCAGAGGACAUGAAGGCAGAGUUGGCAUAUCACCUGGCCGAGUCCGACGUCCACUGAGAGGCACGGUUUGAAAAAGGAAAGUGAGGCGACCCACCUACGGAGCGCGACCAGUCGUGGUUCGUCAUGCGCUGCCUGUAGUCUUGGACAGAAAGACGUGGGUAAUUCAGAGGAGUGUGAUGAUCGGUGCGACCGACGUACAGUUGGAUGAACACGCUGCAGGUUGAUGUUUCACUUCCAGAUGAGCCUCGCACAUGAAAACAGAAUCCACUGGCCAAAACAAAUGCCAGUUAACAUUGACCCUCCCUAAUUUCCCCACAAAAUAACUUUUGUUUUCCGUGUGAAUGAUGUUAAUUUAUUUGUUUUCACUUUGUCGCACAAUAUAUUUUUACGCUGCAAUACUUUAAAAAAAUAAUAAAGGUAUUGUUUCAUUACA